ACACAAACUGCGCUACACCCGUUGAGAACCGAUCAAACAGAUGCGGCAGAGCGAGAGACCCGCCGCCAGCCACGACGUUGCCGUCAUCCACAUCGCCGCCGGGAGCUCUGCUCCUGUCCUCUUGCUUGCUUGUCCACUUCCUUAUUCCUCACAUGCGCGCGCUCAACAUGGACGGUUCCGAGAACGCGAACUUCCGAUCGGGGCUCCGGCCUCCUCAAGUGCACGCCUCAGCAAUAACCGCCCCGACAACAUGUCUCCAAGAGAUAUCAGAUUCGCAACACAAUGCGCGCGCUCAGCCGACAGGCAUUCCUCAAAAACGCGGACACCUUGGAAUUCCACAGCCGGAUCCGAAGCGCAAGACCCUGGUGGAAAGGGCAGGCGAGCCCCUGAAGUCUCAGAUCCCAACCCCCGGCGUCGGCCUGCCUCGCCCUGCGACCAGCAUUAAGGGGUCUUCGAUCGCAGCCCUGUCCUCCAACAACCCGUCCGCCACAGCUUCACGACAUGGCCCGGCUGGCAGUUUCUCCAAGAGCAUGGGGCCCGGCUCUCGCGCACCACCGGCAACAAGAGCCCCGACCUCGAUGGGUUUCGCCCAGUCCACGAGUGGUCGCCCGCGAGGCCUGACGCGUACACGACCAGCCACGGCCAUGGGGAGCCGAGAAGUAGAGGAGGAACCCAGGCAGUCCGGUCAACCGAAGGUUUGACCAAUUUUGCAGGUUGGGACGUCGACGGCC